AUGGCCGGUCGGCACUGCGGAGAUAUAACCGUCUUAGCCUGGAAGGACGUUAAAUUAGUGACGAGGAUCAGUACUCAUCACAAUAUUGACAUGGCACCAGGGCAACGAGCAGGUGUUGCGUGCAAUAAGCCUGUCGGGGUCCACAGUUACAAUAAGCAGAUGGGUGGGGUUGAUUCUAAGGAUCAUAAACUUUCCAUGUAUUUAUUGGAACGAAAACCUGGCUUAAAAUGGUAUCAGAAAGUGGUUCGAAGACUUAUCAGCAUUACUAUCUUAAACACAUAUAUUAUUUACAAGACUUAUGGUGAUAAAACUCAUAGAGAAUAUCGAUACCUGUUAGCUAAAGCAUUAUCACAACAGCGUCCAAUUAUACAGCGCAUCAGGCCUGCCGCAUCCUUUUCAAGAACUGAACUCCACGAGAUAAGUUUGGAUAAUAUUGAACACUAUUCAGAACACUAA